AUGUAUAGUAAUACUGAUAAUAAUGGAUCAUUAAUAAGCGGCGGCGGCGGCGGUAGUAGCAGUAGCAGUAGCAGUAAUAAUAAUCAUAAUAUAAUUGACAUACCGGAAGGUGCAGCUAUAAUUGGUUUUAUUGCUACCAUUUUAAUAUGUAUAAUUGGCAUUAUCGGUAAUCUAAUAACAAUAAUAGCAUUGAUUAAACAACAAAUCAAUCAUCAAAAUAGCCAUCAUUCAUCAACAACAACGAUAUUUGUUAUAAAUUUAGCCAUUGCUGAUUUAUUAUUCUGUUCAUUAGUGAUGCCAUUACAAUCUGGACGUUAUCUGACAAGAUCAUGGCCAUUUGGACAAUUAUUAUGUCGUUUAUAUCCAUUAUUCUAUUAUGGUACAGUGGCCACAUCAUUGAUGAUGAUUACAGCUAUUACAAUUAAUCGCUUCAUAUUAAUUGCAUUCAAUCGACAUUAUUCACGAAUAUAUAAUCGAAAAAAUGUAAUCAUUAUGAUCAUAUUCUGUUGGUUAUUCUCAUAUACAUUGGUAUCGAUUCCUGUACUAAAAUUAUAUGGCCAAACUGGUUAUCAAUCGAAUACAUUUUCUUGUACAAUAUUACGUGAUCAACGUGAACGAUCGCCGAAAAAAUUUCUAUUCAUAUUAGGUUUUUUCUUACCAAUGACCACCAUUGUUUUCUGUUAUGGAAUGAUAUUGUUUCAUAUAAAACGACAACAACAUAAACGACAAACAAAAACGACACAAAACAACGGUACAAUAAUGAUUAAUAAUAAUAAUACAACGAAUCGUGAUCUUCGACUUACAUUAUUGAUUUGUGUUGUAUUCGGUGCAUUUCUUGCCUGUUUUCUACCAUUAUUUAUUGGCAAUGUAUUCAUUCCAGAUGAUCGAUAUCCAUAUUUUCAUGUAUUUGCAUCGAUAUUUGCGUGGAUGAAUUCCUGUAUUAAUCCAUUCAUUUAUUUUGUCAUGAAUCAACGUUAUCGUCAAGCAUAUAAAAAAUUAUUUUUUGGAAAUUUUUUCUUUAAAAAUCAUCAUCAUCAUCAUCAUCAUAUGCUUUAA